AUGAAGAGGUUCAUGUGUGGCCCUGGACAGCACUCUUCUGGCAACGCUCUUUUCACCUUGACGGUUGCUGCUUGUCUUUUCUUUCUGGCAGAAACACGUUAUCUGCAUGGAGAAAGACUGGAUUUACUGGGAAGGAAUGAUAAGUAUGUGUCUCUGGUCAACUUCAGCAUCCCUGAGCUAUGUCAGUUCACGGUGUGCAUUGACCUAAACCGGACUGCCAAUGUCAGCUCUUGGGCAGCGUUUUCCUAUGAUGUUAACACCACCUCCACUGACAUAAAUGACUUAGAGCUUGGACUCUCUGGAGAAAACAAGCACUUGAGACUGUACCUUUUUGGCACCAGACGAGACAUUGAGAUCGAUCUGGCCCUUUUUGUGUGGUAUAGCGUGUGCUGCUUGUGGGACACCAGGAGACAACUGCUGGAGGUCUACUGCAAUGGUAAUCUCGUGCAUACCGAAACCAUUGGCAGCGCUGAGUGCCUGAAACCCAACGGUAGCCUGGUGCUGGGUCAUCUGCACAAAAGAAAGGAUGGCUUUAUUGUGCGGGUAAGCAACAGCUUCAUUGGCAGCUUGUACUACUUCCAAAUGUGGGACCGUGUGAUGGGUCAGGAAGAGCUGCUGGGCUGCGCCAUGGGCAAUGUUGUCAGCUGGAAGGAAGAGUACUGGAACUUCAGCAGCAUCCUUCCCAUUGCGGACCAUCGCCUGCGCUGUGGCUCGAGUGAAGCAUCGUCAACAAGGGCUCCUAUGCUACCCCCAUCACCUCCGACCAGCAGUACCAAUGGUACCAUUCCACGUAAGUGCUGAACAAGGCUGUUUUAAAUGGUGACAUGAUCAUCACUGACACUGACUGACACCAUACACGUGACAAUUUUAGACUCAGUCACAU